AUGCGCGCGCUCUUGCCGGAGCCGACCCCACGGGUCGCUCUCUGGACCUUUGCGCUGUUUCUGUUACACUUCCACCUCUCAGAGUUCAUCCUCGUCGUGCGGUUCAAUCCGCGCUCGGCGGGUCUCCGCUCGCUGUGCCUCUCGCGCUCGUACUGCGUCGCCAUGUCGCUCGGCGUGCUAGAGUUUUACGUCGAGCACGCGAUGUUGGGAGAGCUCAAGGAGCGGUGGACAGCUUCGGCGUACGGCUUCGGCGUCUUCAUGUGCGUCUUCGGCGAGUGGUUGAGAAAGUCGGCGAUGAUCACGGCGGGGACGAGCUUCACGCACGAGGUGCAGACGAGUAGACGCGCAGCGCACGUGUUGGUGCGGGAUGGAGUGUACGCGCACGCGCGACACCCCGGAUAUCUGGGAUGGUUCAUCUGGGCGGUCGGGACGCAGGUGAUCAUGGCGAACGCAGUGAGCGCGUUGGCGUUUGCGAUCGUGACGUGGCGAUUUUUUAAGCGUAGAAUUGCAUUCGAGGAGAUGAUGCUGCGAGAGAUGUUCCCGGAUUACGACGUGUACGCGAAGAGGACGAGGACAUGGAUACCAUUCAUCAAGUGA